UCGUGAUAGACAUUUUUAUCAUUAACGUUGAUAGUUUUUCCGUGUAACCGUAUAAAAUCGUGCACUUUUCAAAAAAACAAAUUAUUGAAAUUCGGGAUUAACAUUUAUUGCGUUACCUUAAAGUGUAUUUUUGAAGUGUACUAUUCUCAAUCAAAUAUUCUCGUGAUAUUUUUAUUUCUCAAUUGUUAUUGCAGCGGUGAAACGAGUAUCGAAAUGAUCAUCACAAUUUUAACCACAUUAUUUUUGGCAACACUGACAUUUCAUGUUGUGACACAUUGCAAUCGAAAAGGACGUUUACUAAGGAAGAUACGAGGACUGCAGGAGUAUCCGAUCGUUGGGAACAUGUUGACAUUUAAUACUAGGGACGUGCAUUAUAUUUGGGAAAAAGGUCGACAAGUCGUCAAGGAUUAUUAUCCCAUCACCCGAUUCUGGUAUUUGUAUUCCGCUUUAAUAAGUGCCUCUCACUCCGAAGACUUGGAGAUUCUGCUCACUAGUCAAGAGGCUAUUGAAAAAGGCUACUUUUAUUGGUACCUCCAGUCUUGGUUGAAAACUGGAUUACUAACGAGUACAGGUGAUAAGUGGCGAGAGAGAAGAAAAAUCCUGACACCUGCAUUCCACUUUAACAUUUUGAGAAAAUAUGUUGAAGUAACAAGCGAACACGGAGAAAAAUUCAUCAAAGGACUUAAAAGCGAGGGACGAGAAACUAUGAAAAGCCUCAUUCCACUUUUCUCGGACAUAACUUUGAAAAUUAUCUGUGAAGCUUCGAUGGGGAUUGAUUUAGAUACACUGGAUCAAGAAAAAGUUGGCAAAUACAAGCAAGCAAUUCAUGACAUAGGAAAAAUUGUGCUAUAUAGGGCGAUGAGACCUUACAUUAUAAAUCUAAUUUUCCCUUACACACCAAUGGGAAGGUUAAGCAAAAAAACUCUUGAAAUACUCCACGAGUUUACAGAUGAGAUAAUAAGAGAACGAAAAAAAUAUCACAAAAGCACAGGAAACAAGUUCUUGGACGAAAACAAUGACGAAGUGGAGGACAACGUAUUCGAUGACGUUCAUAUAGGCCGCAGAAGAAGAUUGGCUAUGCUCGAUUUGCUCUUCGCAGCUGAAAAAAAAGGAUUGAUCGACGAUGCCGGCAUCAAAGAAGAAGUUGACACCUUCACAUUCGAAGGUCACGAUACCACGUCAAUGGCCAUGACUUUUAUAGUGAUGCAAUUGGCUGAAAACAAGGAAGCACAAGACAAAGCCAGACUGGAAGUGACCGAGAUCAUGAACAACUCCAGUGGCAAGCUGGGAAUGACGGAAAUCCAGAAAAUGGAGUACUUGGAAUGUUGUAUCAAAGAAGCCUUGAGGCUGUACCCUCCAGUGGCGACGAUUGCAAGAUACAUAUACGAUGAAUUGCAACUAAAAAAUGCUCGUUUGCCAACCGACUCUCAUGUACUAAUUAAUUUUUGGGAUACCCACAGAGAUCCGAAUUUCUGGCCUGAUCCUGAAAAGUUUGAUCCUACCAGAUUUACCCCUGAAAAUUCUCGAAAUCGACAUCCUUUUUCUUAUUUACCUUUCAGUGCUGGGCCUCGCAAUUGCAUAGGUCAAAAGUUUGCCAUGAUGGAACUAAAAUUACUAACGGCCCGAAUUUUGUACGACUUUUACCUCGAGCCAGUUGAUCGAACUGCAGAUAUGAAAAUUAUCGCCGAUUUAAUGCUGCGACCACUCGAUCCAGUUCACACAAAAUUUAUUCAAAUUAACAAAUGAUACUUUUUUUUAUUUUUCGAUAUAAUUUUCAUGCAAUUCACUAUUUGCAAUAGAUCAUUACACUAGGAGUGUGUUUUAAAAAUUUACAGAGAUACAUUGAUUACAGAAUUAAAGAGAACGUAUACUUAUAA